UCAGUCCUGUGUAUCGGUCGAUGGACACUCAGGACAGUAUCGCAGCAGGACUACGGAUGGAGGUAUCAGAGGGAUAACCCAGACAACGCUAUUGUAGCACUGUUCUCGGCAUCGCAUGUAUCUGAUCUACCGAAUUUUAAUAAAGUCACAUUUCUGACAUUUGCAGUUACAGUUAACUGUGUAGAAAAUAGGCAACUUUCAGCGUUUCAGAGAACUUUAGCCCGCGAAAACAGA